UUCAACCUCCUGCUCCCGAGGGUAAAAUCUUUGGGUGCUUGAGAAAAUAUAUUUUUUCCUUUUUUUUCCUGUAUAAAUAUUGACUAACGACAUUUAGAUACUUUUUUUAAUCAGACACUAUCACCAAAAGUUUCAAUGACUCUGUACAAUCAUCUAAAAUAAUAACUAUUGUAGUUGGUAAGUAAUCUUGACUUUCAAAAUUUACUUUUCUAAAUUAAAAUUACUGUUACUAGUAUUUAUUGAUGUCACUGAAGCAAAUGACUGCCAUACGAGCUGUAGAAGCAUUUUGGAUUAGCAUUAUUUCAUUAUUUUCAUUUUCCUCUGUUGUAGUUGUUGCGAUUGUGCUAUAGGCUGUAAUCUUCAUCCUGUACAAGAUCAACUACAAAACCGAGGCAAGACAAGAGGGGAUAACUUCCCCUUUACCUUCAUCAGCUGUAAAUGUAGAGAGGACAGCCGAUGCUCAACAACAGCAGCUUCAUUCGGAAGAAUCCUCCGACAUGGGAAUGGUGCCUAUUAGAGCAAUAACCACUCCUAACCCAAUUCAAACAAUUGGGAUUGCAGAGAGAGGGAUUAUUGUAGAGAUUGAUGCAGGUCUCUCCUCCAACCAGGCACUGGUGCCUACACUAAUUUAUACAAACCUCGCACUAAAUCAGAUAGUUUAUAUCAAAAGCUUUUGCCAUGAGUCUCACCAAAUUGGGGAAGGAAGCUUUGCACGAGUUUAUAGGGGCGGCAUCCAAGGUAACGAUUUGGCUAUAAAGGAAAUAGAACACAGAUCUCCUGACACCAAAACAUGGGUAAAGAAUGAAGUUGAACUUCUGCAUGGAAAGGACCACAUUAACAUAAACAAGCUGUAUGCUUGGUGUAUUGAAGCAAAUAUAUCUUACUUGGCCUAUAUAUAUAUAGAUGGAUGUUCUCUAGAUGACUAUUUGAGAGGAAAUUGUAUAGGGUUUUCCUACAGCUGGAAGCAGAGCUUCAGAAUGAUCAUGGGUAUAGCAAAGGGAAUUCAAUUCUUACACUUGAAUAAAAUCAUUCAUGUUGAUAUCAAACCUCAGAAUAUUAUGGUGGAUGCUAAUGAGAAUGAGGCAAAGCUUGUUGAUUUCGGGUUUUCUAGGCAUGUAGAUUGGGAGGGCACGCAUCGGUCAACUGAUAAAAUAAUAGGUACAAAAGGCUACUGGGCUCCAGAGUAUUGCUGGAAUAACAAGCUCUCUUAUAAGCAUGAUGUUUAUAGCUUUGGAAUUGUUGUGUUAGAGGUGAUAACAGGGCAGAGGCAUGUUGAUCAAGCACGAGGUUCCCGUCAAUUUCAUAUUCCAGGAUAUGUAAGGCACAUGAUCGAGAACAAUCGUUUUGAACAAGCUGUAGAUGCUAAACUUAAACAGGAUGGGUGGGACAUCUUUGCUUUAGAAGAAGCAUUGUCUGUUGCAAACAUUGCUCUCAGAUGUGCUCACCCGGAUAAGGUCGAGCGACCUGACAUGAAUCUUGUGCUCACAGAACUCAGUUCGAUGAUGAGCAGCGCCCAGAACUCACCUCAAUUUGGUAUUGAACAGAAAGAAGAAGAGAUUUCACUUGCAACGUCCAUGUGAAACUAGUACAUGUGCAGGUUUUGUGGCUAACUUUGGCUUCCUGAUUCUAUCUUGGUUUUAUGCAUAAUUUUGAGUUUCGAAUUGAAAAUGUUAAACAGUGAAAUUCUUUCGAUGGACUCGAAAUUUGGAGCCAAAUGUUAGAAGCUCUAUCAUUUGUUUUAA